AUGUUACUAAAUCCGAAACAUAUACAUCAAGACCUUCUUUCUACUCUUUCCUUUGAUAAAAGACAGAAAGACGAUACACCUCAUACUGCUUUACUCAUAGGACCUCAAGGACAAUUAGUUUGUUGGACAACUAACAAAAAUCAACCCUUCUCCCAUGAUCCUCAAAUUGAAGGCGAGCAACAGCACGAACGAAAUGAAGAUAUCACACAUGAUGGUGCUGUAGCGAAUGGGGAAGAGGAUGGUCAAAAUGAGGAUAGAGUGCAUGAGGAAGAAAAACAAUAUGUGGACGAGGAAGAAGAAGAACCUUAUUUGGAAGAUCCGGAAAGAUUAAGAUUGAUACUUGGUUUAGCUUCACAAUGGGAAGAAGAUGCUUCUCCUCGUGUUGAAUGUGAGACACAAGAGAGGGAAUGA